AUGUCGACCCAAUCGUACUAUAAGGAUCGCCUGGGGUUCGAUCCUCGCGAAGCCCUGUACGAUAACAACAACAGUGAAGUGCAUCACCACAGUAGCAGUAGCAGCAACGUUGUGAACAACAAUCACCACAGCCACCAUCAUCAGCAACAACAGCAACAACAGCAGUAUCAUCAGACGAUCACCACGACCACCACACAUCGUCACAGCACUGGUGGAGGUGGCGGUACCGGUGGUGGUGUCUCCAGUGGAACAAUAGUGGGCAAACAUCACCAAUACUACAGCAGCAACGGUAGUGGUGGUGCUGGUAGUGCGAGUCCAGGGCCCGGUAAUGGCCAGCCGAACGGCGGCGGCGGUGGUCACAAUGGUAGCAGUGGCGAUUACCACCAACACUACCACACGACGCCUGCCAAACGUCACCGGCAGUCAUUCACGGCGGCGGCGACGUCGUCGUCGUCACCGGUCACCGGCUCGUCGCCCCUGAACGCCUCCGUCAACUGGCAAGGCGGCUACGGCUACGAGGAUGCGCUCACGCAGUUCAAAGACGAACGAGAUGCCAUACAGAAGAAAACUUUCACAAAGUGGGUCAACAAACAUCUGAAAAAGGCCUCCCGCCGUGUCGAUGACCUGUUUGAAGAUCUGCGCGAUGGACACAAUCUUCUCUCUCUCUUGGAAGUAUUAUCUGGCGAACAUCUUCCAAGGGAGAAAGGAAAAAUGCGCUUCCAUAUGCUGCAGAACGCGCAGAUGGCGCUGGACUUUCUGCGGUACAAAAAAAUCAAAUUAGUCAACAUCCGGGCGGAGGACAUUGUCGACGGCAACCCGAAGCUGACGCUCGGCCUGAUAUGGACCAUCAUUCUGCACUUCCAGAUUUCCGACAUUGUCGUUGGGCAAGAGGACAAUCUCACGGCGCGCGAAGCGUUGCUGCGAUGGGCCCGCCGCUCGACGGCCAAAUACCCGGGCGUACGGGUAAACGACUUCACCGGCUCGUGGCGCGACGGCCUGGCGUUCUCCGCGCUGAUCCACCGGAACCGGCCCGAUCUGAUCGACUGGCGAGAAUCACGAUCGCGGCGACCGAGGGAGCGGCUCGAGGUGGCCUUCCACGUGGUCGAAAAGGAGUACGGCGUUACGCGGCUGCUCGAUCCGGAAGAUGUCGACACGAACGAACCGGAUGAGAAGUCGAUGAUUACCUACCUGAGUUCACUGUACGAUGUGUUCCCGGAGCCACCGCAGAUGCACCCGCUGUUCGACAUGGACUCCCAGCGCCGGGUGCAGGAGUACCGCGAGCAGGCGCAAACCCUGCUGUACUGGUGCCGCGAGAAGACCUCGCUGCUGCAGGAGCGUGCCUUCCCAACCACGCUGAUCGAGCUGAAGCGCCUACUGUCCGACCUGAACCGGUUCCGCACCGAGGAAGUUCCGCCGAGACAGCGCGACAAGCAGCACCUGUUCUCGAUCUACAAGGAACUGGAGAAGUACUUCGAGUCGAUCGGCGAGGUGGACGUCGAGACGGAGUUGCGCCCGGAGGCGCUCGAGAAGGCCUGGCACCGGCUGAUGUCGGCGCUGGCCGACCGCGACAUGAUCCUGCAGCAGGAGGUGCAGCGGCUCGAGCGACUGCAGAAGCUGGCCGAGAAGGUGCAGCGCGAGUACAAGCACACCGAGACGAUCAUCACGAAGACCGAAACACGAAUCUCAGAGGAGAGCCGACGAAUCGAGCGGUUGCACCCGGUCGAGGCGAAGAACAUCGUCGAGGGUCUCGAGGCUGACAUCCGCCACCUGGAGCAGCCGCUGCGGGAGAUGAACGACGACUGUCACAACCUGAAGGACGGUCGCUACCCGCAGGCCACCGACCUGCACAAGAAGGUCACCAAGCUACAUCAACGUUGGUCGCAGCUGCGAACCACAUUCCACACUAGCCUAGUACAAAAGCUUUCCGGGCUCAGCUACCCGGUGCAGGAGACGACGAUAACGAAGGAAACGCGCGUCGUGACCGAAACGCGACAGAUCGGGACGAAUCCCUAUUUCCGCGAUCUGCAGGAGUACACCGAAUGGUGCCAAACGAAAUUGAAACAUCUUCACAGCGCCGACUACGGCUCUGAUCUGCCGUCGGCCAAAGUGGAACUGGAGCGCCACCAGCACGAGCACAAAGUGAUCGAUCAGUUCCACUCUAAAAUUGCACAGUGCGAGCGCCACGUGUCCAACUUCAGCGGCGAAGAGCAGCAGCUGUACCGCCAGCGUCUCAGCCAGCUGCAGAAGGUAUACGCCGAGCUGCUCAGCACCUCGACCAAGCGACUCUCGGACCUGGACGCGCUCGUCGACUUCCUGACGACGGCCACGGCCGAGCUGAGCUGGCUGAACGAUCGCGAGCAGAUCGAGGUGAGCCGCGACUGGGCGGACAAGAACCUGGACCUCUCCGCGGUGCAUCGGUACUAUGAGUCUACUUUCAAGCGUACGUACGGAAAUGGCGAGGAAAAUCUCAUGUCCGAGCUGGAAAAGCGCGAGAUGCACUUCGCAACGAUCCUCGACCGAGGUGAAGCGCUACUCGUCCAGUCGCACCCGGCCUCGAAGUGUAUCGAAGGCCAUCUGCAGGCGUUGCAGUCGCAGUGGUCCUGGUUGCUGCAGCUGACGCUGUGUCUGGAGGUGCACCUGAAGCACGCCACCGAUUACCACUCGUUUUUCGACGAGGUACGCGAAGCCGAGAGCUGGCUAACGAAGCGUGACGAGAUCCUGAACAGCAAGUACUCGCAGUCGGAGUUCACGCUCGAUCAGGGCGAGGCCCUGCUGCGCGGCAUGCAGGACAUUCGGGAGGAGCUGAACGCGUUCGGCGAAACGAUAGCGCAGCUGCAACACCAGGCGACCGCCGUCGUCCCGCUCAAGCAGCGCAAACAGCCCGUCAAUCGCCAGUGCACCGUGCAGUCGAUCUGCUCCUACAAGCAGGGUAACAUUUCGCUGGACAAAAACGAAAGCUGCACCCUGCUCGACACGUCCGGGCGCGUGAAGUGGCGCGUGAAAACGGCGAAGGGUGUCGAGGGUUCCGUCCACGGGGUGUGCCUGCUGUUGCCGCCGCCCGACCAGGAAGCGAUCGAAGCGGCCGACCGGCUCAAGCGCCUGUUCGACCGGUCGGUGGCGCUGUGGCAGAAGAAGCAGCUGCGCCUGCGCCAGAACAUGAUCUUCGCCACGAUCAAGGUGGUGAAGGGCUGGGAUUUCGAGCAGUUCCUGGCGAUGGGCGCCGAGCAGCGGACAGCUAUCCGGCGGGCACUGAACGACGACGCGGACAAGCUGCUGGCCGAGGGUGACCCGGCCGAUCCGCAGCUGCGACGGCUGCGUCGCGAGAUGGACGAAGUCAAUCGGUUGUUUGAUGAAUUCGAGAAACGUGCCAGAGCGGAAGAGGAGAGUAAACAGGCGAGCCGGAUCUUUACCGAGCAAUGCAUUUCACUGAAGACGCGCCUCGAAGAAAUGGCCCGCGAACUCGACCACAUCAUCCUGUCACCGAUGCCGCGCGAUCUCGACUCGCUCGAGCACACGGUGCAGAUCCUGGAGGACUACAAGCGGCGCCUCGGCUGUCUCGAACCAGACCUGAAACACCUCCAGGAAACGUUCCGCACGAUCACGCUGAAGACGCCGGCCCUGAAGAAGAGCCUGGACAAUCUGAUGGAUCUGUGGAAGGAGCUGAACACUCAAGCCGUCCUGCACGGCGACCGGUUGAAGCUGCUCGAGGGUGCCUUGGCCGGCCUGGAAGACAACGAACAGGUCAUUUCCGAUCUGGAAGGCCGGUUGUCCCGCCAGCUGGAGCUACCGUCGUCGCAGGAAGGCCUGUACGAGGUGUACAAGCGGUUGACCGCGAUCCAGGAGACCAUCUCGAACCAACAGUCCGAGAUGGACAAGAUGAACGACUCGGCGGACCAGCUCGGCCGCAUGGGCGUACCGACGAAGGUGCUGGGCGACCUGAAACGCCUCCAUUCGAACGUGGAACGUCUGAACACUCGUUGGAACAACCUCUGCGGGCAGCUCGCUGAUCGGAUGCGAAGCGUUGAGACGGCAAUCGGAUUGAUGAAAAACUUGCAAACCAGCAUUGUCGUGGAGGAGACUUGGGUGGAGAAGCAGACGGAAAAGCUGCAGGCUCUUCCGACGGCGACAUCCGCGCGGGAGCUCGAUUCGAUGCUUGGCGAAACGGUGGAGCGCAUUCCGAAGGUUGAACAGGUGAAUCUCACCGGCGGCCGCUUGAUCCGAGAAGCUAAGAUCUACGACGGUAAAUGUGUCCACUAUAUCGACUGGCUGACCGAGGUGCGGCCAAGCUUUUCGCCUCCUCGGCACGAUCUGCGCCCGGCGGAUGCCGAUCCCGGUGCGACUGACGUGUACUCGAAGCGACUCGACACGCUCAACGGUCAAUUCGAGAGCCUCGUCGAGCAACUGACCCAGCGGCUUAGGACGGCUAUUGAAGUGAAUGGCGCGGACGGAUUGCGCUACGCAGAAAGCCUACAUAAGCCGCUCCGUACGUACCGGGUCGAGUUCAGUGUUGGUCGGCCGGCGGCGAAAAAUGGCACCGCCGACGGUGGUACUAGUGGCCAGUCGCCCGCCGGAGGAGGAGAGGUCGAAGAGGACAUCUACACCACCACCUACAGCACAUCACAGAUCACGAAGAUCACGAACAGUAAGCUGAUCUACGACACGGUCGAUAGCAACGGUGGCGUACCGGGCAAGGCGCCAGCACCGCCAGCCGCAAAACCGAAACAAAGCGAAGGUGGUGGCCAUCCACCGAACGAAGCCUCCUCGGUACAGUUUACCGAGAUCCGUAGCCUGAAGCGCAUCCAGCGCACCAGUGAGGGCGUUGGCACAAACAGUGGCCCGGAGGAGGACGAAGAAACGGCCGCGGCCGGUGAUCACAUACUGAACACGCCCGGCAUUGUGGAUCCGUCCACCGGGCGCACGCUGACGGUCGGUGAAGCGAUCCGGUUGCGGGUGCUGGACGUACGGACCGGGCAGCUGAAUGUGGCCGGAGAACGGCUCAGCCUGGAGGAGGCCGCCGCCCGGCAGCUGAUCGAUCCGGCCCUGGUCGGCCAGCUGCUGCGCCCGGGGGCUGGCGUCGAUCGGGAUGGGCGGCCCCUCAGCCUGCUGGAGGUGAUCCAGCGGGAGAUCCUCGAAGCCGAGAACGGUUCCUACGAGGGCCGGGGCGGCGGUGGCGCCGGCGAGAAGCGCAUAAAGGUAACGACCGUCAGCGGCGGCGGCGGCGACGUCAGUAAGGAAGCAAAAAGUAUUGUGGUCGGUGGCGCGGCGGCGUCGACGGCGGUGGCGACAACGACGAUUAGGAUCGCACCGCACACACUCAGCCUGGCGGACGCGCUGGCCCAGGGGCUGGUCGAUAACGGUGGCUGGGUGACGGACCGUAACUCUGGCGAUACGUUCCGGCUGGAUUCGGCCAUCGAGCGCACGCUGAUCGACCCGCACGUGCGGGAGGUGGUGGACACGAAGCACGACACGAAGAUCACGGUGGCACAGGCACUCGCCGGGGGGGUGAUUAACGCGAAAACGGGUCGCUACUGGAACGCGCAGACGAAGGAGAAGCUCACGUUCGCGGAGGCGCGCCACCGGCAGCUGAUCUGCAAACCGUACACGCUCAAGGACGUGUGCGAUCUGCAGCUGUACGAUGCGAGCGAACGGAUCGCGUCGCCGGCGCGCCGCGAUCGCGUCAACAUUCCGGGCGCCAUCAGUCUGGGGGUGCUGGACGGGGAGAGCGUGCGGUGCGUCUUCCGGACGACCGGCAACGAGCUCCUGACGUUGGCCGAAGCGAUGGACGAGGGCAUUGUGCUGCCGUUCGAGAAUCGCUACCGGCACGCGGAAACCGGCGAACGGAUGACCAUCCCGGAAGCGGUCGACCGAGGGCUCAUUUCGUCCGUUGCGAUCAUGUCGAUCUUCAACAUCGCCGGCUUCCGGGAUCCGCACAGUGGAGAGUUUGUCUCGUUCAACGUGGCACUCGGAAAGACCGUGCUCCGAAGGCACGGCGAAGGGGAAGCCGAAGCACGGCACGGGCACUGCUUUCUGCUCGACAGCGGCAAGGGCGCCCUGGUACGGUUGGACGACGCCGUUGGGCAGGGUUUGGUGAGGGGGGAAAUUUACGAAAUGUUUAACCGCCCCAUCGGGGUACGGUUGGGCGGCCGAGAGCUAACGCUGCUGGAGCUGGUCUAUCAUAAGCUGAUCGACCCGCGGACGGGCUUCCUGCUCGAUAGCGGCGGUCGGCCUGUGGCACUGGAACCGGCGAUCGAGCGGUCCAUCAUCACGCCCGAAGGCGCUCUGCUGUUGCUCAGUCUGCUCAACAUCACGCUCACGACCGAAACGGUGACGAAGAGCAUCAAACGCUACGUUACGAUCACGCACACGGGAGACACGACGGAAAGUCAACCGCAGGUGCUACUCUCCUUCACCGAAGCCGUGCGCCGGGGGUUGAUCGACGAAGGGACGCGCACGUACCGCGAUCCGGCCACCGGGAACCUUUACUCCGUCCAGCAGGCGCUCAACCACGGGCUGCUGCUGCCGGACACGGCAGCGGAGCUGGCGGCGGUGCACGAGUUCGAAACGCGUGUUCUGAAGGAUGGCAAGCGGUUGGACAUUGUUACCACCGCCGAGCGGCCGGCCGGGGCUGAGCUGCAAUCGUUCGGGUUGCCACCGAACGGGUGGCCUCUCCAGGAGGCGAUUGAGCGGGGGUUGCUCAAUCCCGACACCGGUCUGUUGCUCAUUCCCGGGACGGAUCGGUUGGUCAGCUUCGAGGAGUGCAUCAAGCUGCAGCUCAUUCACCGGCAGUCGGCGUUUGUGUGCGAUCCGAAGCACACCGAUCGGCGCGUCACGAUGGACCGGGCGCUCGAGAAGAAGAUACUGGACGCGGCGGGCCGGUACUCGGUCCGCAAGGACCCUGGCGGCCAAUUAACGCUGCGGGAAGCGAUCGCCCAGGAGUACAUCAUCUUUGAGCCGUGCCCGGACCCCGUACCGGCGGCGCAGUCCGCGGACCGCACGGUACAGGUCACGAAGCGUCCGGGGCAACCGGAUCGGGUGGAAAUUUCAAAGGCCGGGGGUUCCUCGGUGGUCGAAGUGAAGGGAGUGUCCGCACAGACACCGGAGCUGAUGAGUCCGGAGCCGCUGCAGCUAGCGCCGGGCGUUAUUUAUGACCCCAGCACGGCACUGGUGAUAUUUGCCGAAACCGGACGCUCGGACAGUGUGGUGGGUGCGGUGGUCAGUGGAAAGGUUGACCCCGCUCUGGUACGAUUGGUGGAUCACACGAACGGCGGGGAACUGAUAUCGGUCGCCGAAGCGCUCGAACGGGGCCUUAUCGAUGGACAAACGGGUGCGAUCCGAACGUCGGAUCCGGCCGCACCCCACAUCAGUAUGAUUGAGGCCAUCCAGCGGGGCAUGCUGCUGGUGGCCGGGGCCCCCCUGGUGGCCGCCGCCGGUGCCUUCGAGGCACUGAAACUUUUUACCGACCCGACGACCGGCGAACAGAUUCCGAUCGAGUUGGCGUACGAACGGGGUCUCAUCACGCACAGUGCCCUGCCGAGCCCGGAGCGGGCGGCACUCCUGCUCCGGAAACAACUGUCCGCCGACAGUCGCCGCUCAUCGGAGGGGCGAACGGUUGCGGUGCUGAAGGAGCAGGACUCACACGAGCGCCAGCGACCGGUUAGCUUGCAGAAGAUACGCAAAUGUGUCCUGCGGCCACUGGAUGCGGCCGAGCAGGGUAUCAUCGACCCGGCCACGGCUACGGCGCUCGAAGAUCCGGCCCUCUUCGAUGCCGCCUGCCCAACGUUGGGCCAUGCGCUACAGAGCGGCCGGUUAGAUGGGACCGGCGGUCGAAUCGUCGACCCGCAGCGAGGUCACGAGCUGAACCUCGCACAGGCCGCCGCCCGGGGGAUACUGGAUUUGCAGGGCACGAACAAGAUUUUCAUUCCGAUCGCUCGGGCGCUCAGUCUGCCGGCCCUCGAGACGCAGGGUCUGCUGAACACGACCGACUCGAAGAUAUACCAUCCGGAGACGGGCGACCUGCUGACGCUCCGGGAAGCGUUGUUGUGUGAAAUCGUCGACCCGAUGGCGCAGGUGAGCGUUACCGGGCAGCCAGCAAUGUCGCUGGAGCAAGCGAUCGGUGCCGGGUUGGUCAACGAAGACCGUUGCACCGUGGACGGCGUAAGCCUAGCGGAUGCCAUCGACCGAGGGUUGUGUUUGCCGUCGAACUACGAUUCCAAGAUACCGCCGAUCGGUAUGACUCUUCCGGUGCUGAUCGAACGGGGCCUGCUGGACGCGCCCCGGAAGCGAGUGCUUCACCCGAUAUCGCGGGUGCCAACGGCGCUCGAGGAUGCGCUCGCCAACGACUUUAUCAUGGCCACACCUUACACUCCGCAUCCGGACGGUGGGGUCGUUCUGCUCGAAGCGAUCGAUCGUGGACUGAUCGACACGGCGACCGGGACGUUUAAGGCAGCCUCGGUGGCGAUCCCGCUACGGGAAGCAAUUGAAACGGGUCAGUUGAUCGUGAAGCCACUGCCGCAGCUCAUUCAGGCGCUGCAAGCGAACCGGGCCGUGACGUCGGUGAAGGAAACCGUUACCGGGUACCACACGAUCCGCACGAAAACGGUCGAAAUCCAGUCCGGGUACGCGCUGCUGUCGGCCAACGAGGUACAGGACCUGCAGACGGGCACGAUCAUGUCGAUGGACGAGGCCCGCAAGGAGGGCAUCAUCUCCGAGGCGGCACAAACCGAAAAAACGCUCACGGAGCGUGUGGUCGGCAUCGGAUUCAACGAUGCGCUGCAACGGGGGCUGCUCGAUGUGACCAAGGGUACGUUCACGGAUCCGGCCAGCGGCGAAGUGCUGUCGAUACCGGUUGCCGUCGAUCGAGGCUUCAUUCGUGGGUCCCAUUCGUCUAGCGACGAAACGCUGAACCGAUCGCCGGACAUGUCGGUGGCGGCGGCCACGAUGGACACACCCAAGAAAGCGGCCUCUCGGGCUAGUGAAGAUCCGAAGGCGGCACCUACUGCUAGUAGUGGGACCUCCGCCCUAGGGGCGAAUAUUAAGGACGCCGCCAAGCUCGGGCUGAUGGCGGUGGUCGGAGCGCCGGUGCUGGGCGCCAUGGCCAUUACCGGGGCGGUCAAGAAGGCGUUCGAGAAGCGAGAUGAGCAGCAGCACCAAUCCACAGUGCGAUCUGCGGCCGAAUUUGAGGUUAUUGGAAGCGCCGAAGUGCCAACGGUUCCGUUUGUAAAUUUGGGCGACGAUCAAGAUCCGGAUCAGGAUCAAGAGGUUGAGGUUAGCACGGGUUCGGAUGUAGCCACCGCUCUACCCGCAGUGGGGAAACCGGAACCAGCAGCAAGAAUCGUGCCAGAGCAGACAUCAGCUCCAGCUCCACCCGAGGCAGCUCCACGGAAGCGUGCCACAAACGACGCCGAGUUGAUUGCUGUUCCGGACGAAAACGAACCCGUUCUUGUGGCGGCGGCGAGUGCUUCAUCCCCAUCAUCCAUUGUAUCCAUUGUAGAUCAAGCGACGGCGGGAGAUGCGGUACGAAAGCCAGACCGUCCGGAUCCGGCCCACUCAUUGGCCAACUUUAUUGAGGCAGAAAGAUCGAAUUCUUUACCCUCGGAGGAGCACGUCACUACUACGUCACCUCCCAAGGCUGCCGAAGAUCGAGUCGUGUCGCAGGCAGCCAACAUCCCGGAAGAUGUCCACAUGACGUCACAGGAAAGUCAACAAAGCCCAGCUCAGGAGGGAACUCCAACCCUUCAGCGGCUCAGUUCGGUUGGCGAUACCAUCAUCGAGGAAAGCAUUCCGGAGGAGGAGGAAGAUGCACCCACGGAACUCACAUCCUCACCCGCUGUCAUGGUCACUUCUUUGUCUACUGAUCCGCCGGUUACCAAUACCAAACCCUCCGUAGGAGUCAAGAAUAUCAACUCUGAGUUGGCCGCGAAACCUCUUCCAUCGGAUGUGCCAACAACGGACACUGCGCCACAGUCUGGUGGGAACGCUGCCGGCCAGAAGCUGCUGGACGCAGCCAAACUUGGCCUGAUGGCCGUCGUGGGGGCACCGCUCCUCGCCGGCAAGGUGGUAGUCGAUGCGCUCCAGGCCGAACGGAGCAGGAAACCCGACGAGACGGUCCCAUCCGGCGGCGAGGGUUCCUCCGAGCGGCACGUUACAUUUGUUGAACGCGCGGAUCCUGCACCACCCCGCCGGAUGACGCUGGGGGAGGCCAUCGCGCAGGGUGCGAUAGAGCCCGGCCACUGCCGCAUCCUGGUGGAUGACCGCGAGAUGCCGUACAGCGUCGAAGAGGGACUGCGCAAUCGGAACGUGCGCCCUUCCGACGUAAUCGACGUCCUGUCGCCGACCCUAAUUUCGUUCGUCGAAGGCGAAGACGACACGGUGGCACCGGGGUCGCCCCUGGUGCUCGACCAGACACUCACCGAGCAGCGGCUGGUGGACCUGGGGCUGUACGAUCCCGAACGGGGUUGUUUCCUCGAACCCGGGUCCGGUGAGCGGGUUUCGUUCCGCGACUUUAUCGAUGGGCUUGCCGACCCGACGACGGUGUACGUGAAGGACCUGGGCCGUGGCCAGUACGAGCCGGUGGAUGUGGCGCUUCAGAAGCACCUGAUCGAUAAACACACGGGCCACAUGCUACACAACCGGACGGGCCGGAAGAUCCCGUUCGUGGACUGCUGCCGACGCGGCUGGAUCGUGCAGCGGGAGAAAGGAUCCGAGGCGACGGCCCCGGACUCUUCGGGACAGAUCAACCCGCAGACGGGCGAGUUUGUGCCGGCGGGUGGUGGCGAAAGCAUUCCGAUUGCCGAAGCCCUACGGGCGGGCCUAAUCGACGGCGGUACACUCUCCGUACGGGAUCCAUCCGACGGGCGGAUCCUACCGCUGGCGGUGGCGAUCGAACAGGGCGUAAUCGAUCUGCGGCUCGGCGUGCUUUGCAAUCGCGACACGCAGGAAGAGCUCGACCUGAACGAGGCGUACCUGCGCGGGUACAUGUUGGCGGGCCGGCGGCUUCCGAUCUCACUGGAGGCGGCCGUACGGAAGGGCCUCUACCAAGCGGAGUCGGGCCUGAUCCUGGACACGAUCACCGAGGAGCUGGUUGACGUGCAGCAGUCGGUCACGAAGGGUAUCGUCGAUGCGACGAUCUCGAACGUGAAGGACACGCGCGACAACACGCUGGUGCCGCUCCAGGAUGCCCUCGAUCGGAAGCUGCUCGAUGCCGGAUCGGGUCGGCUACGGGACACGGCCACCGAGGAGCUGGUGCCGCUCGAUGUUGCGGUCGAAAAGCAGCUCGUGGACACACGUCACGUCACCCACAGCCUUUUCGAUGUCCUCGCCCGUGAGUUCUACAAUCCGGCGACGGGCAAAAUCCUUGACCCCGCCCGGGGUGACGAGCGUAAUCUGCAGGAAGCGAUCGGGGCGCGGCUCGUCGAGAUCGAGAGUGUGUUGAUACGGGACGAAGGUCACGAGCGGGUGGUCCGGUGUCGGGAUGCGAUCGCCAGCGGGCUGGUCGAUGACGUGCGGGGAGUGCUGACGCGCCCGGAACUAACGCUGGACCGGGCGUACCAGAAGGGGUACGUGCUGAGUGACCGGAAACCGAUCUCGCUGGCCGAUGCGUUGCUGCGUGGGUUCUACGAUCCGGCGACGGGGCGACUCACCCUACCCGGCGAAGGUUCGACGGUGACCAGUCCGUUGACACUGCAGGAAGCGAUCGAUGCGGGCGAAAUCUCGACCACGGAUCUGAUCGUGCGCGACUCGAAGCCCGGCACCGUCGUCAGCUUGGGCGACGCGAUCCGCAGCGGGCUGGUGGAUGGGCGGGCCGGCACCGUCGUCGAUUCGGCGGCGGGCUUGACCGUCGCGCUAGGAGACGCCCUUGAGCGGGGUCUCAUCGUGCGGCCGAAGCGUCGCUGCAGCCUGCCGGAUGCCGUGUACCGUGGGCUGUACGAUCCGCGGUCGGGUCAGUUCAGUAGCACCACCACACCGGAGAAGAUGUCCACCGAACGGGCAUUGCGGCGCGGGUUACUCGAUCCGGAAUCAACGCUCGUGACGGUCGCAGGGAAGAUUGUACCGUUCGAGUUGGCCAUCGAGAAUGGGACGGUGGACGUGCGACGUGGGACGCUCCGGGAUGACGACGGAGUGAGGAUCGAUUUCCGCGAGGCAUUCGAUCGGGGCCUGCUGGUGGAGGUCCGGCGACCGAUCGGGCUGUGUGAGGCGCUUCUGAAGGGGAUCUACCGGGACCGGGGAGCGGUGUUUGUGGACCCGAAGACGGGUAACCGGCUAACGCUCCGGCAGGCGCUGGGCGAGCGGCUAAUCGACCGGGAGUCGGUGCAGAUCCGGGACGCGGUGACCGGCAGCUAUCGGGACCUGGACCUGGCCGAAGCGAUCGCCAGUGGGGUGAUCGACGGAGAGACGGCCACCGUCCAGCGAGGGGACGAUCGGGUGACGCUGCGGCACGCGUUCGACGUGGGGCUCCUGUACGACCGGAAGGCCCCGAUCAGCUUGCAGCGGGCGAUACACCAGGGAAUUUACGACGAGCGGACCGGGCGGCUGCUUGAUCCGGCCACCGGGCGCAAGAUUACGCUCCAGGAGGCGAUGCGCCGGUUCGUCAUUAAUCCAGCGCUGCCGUGUUACUUCUCCGAGCGCGACGAAACGAUGUUCAGUCUGUUCGAGGCAUGCCGGGCGAAGUUGAUCGACCGGCGGGAGGGAGUGUUCCGGGAGCCGGGCAGUGAGGCGUUUAUUCCGCUGAGCGAAGCGCUCGCACUCGGGCUACUGGUGGACAUCGAAUCGGGCGGGUUCGGGUUGUACGAAACGCUCGCGAUGGGCUUCUACGACCGGGCGACGGGUAGGGUGUUGCACCCGCUCACAGGACGCGAGCUGACGCUGGCGGAAGCGUGCGCCGAGGACGUAGUCAGUGCGAUCGCCUCGAUCGUCCGCCUCGAACCGUCUGGCGGCCGUUACGUGCGUUUGGAUGAAGCGAUCCGUGCGGGAACGAUCGACGCCGAGCGUGGAGUGUACGUGAUUCCGGGGGGUGAUGAGCGGUUGGAUCUACAGGAAGCACGGCGCCAGGGACUGAUCGUGACGAACCGGAAGCUCCUUUCGCUCGAGGCCGCCAUCCGGAUGGGGCUGUACAGGGGUGAGUCUGGCAGGUUCGUCGAGCCGGCGUCGGGUGAGGCGCUCAACCUACAGGAAGCCCUCGACGCCGGUCUGCUCGACUGCGAGACGACCGUGUACCGGGACGGGGGCACGGGGCGAGACAAACCACUGCGCGCGGCCAUUGCCGCCGCGGACGUGGACGUGUCCGCCGGGAAGGUGCUCGAUCGGAAGGCUUCCGAUCGGGCGUACGGCUUCGAUGCCGCGCUCGCCAACGGCCUCCUGGUAACCGUUCACCGGCCAAUCACGGGCCGGACGCUGGAGCGAAAGGGCGGGGAAUCGAUCGAUAACCUGGCCGCGGGCGAGUCUCCGCUCGGGGCGGGGCCGAAAGAGAUGAGUCUAGGGGAUGCGAUCCGCCAUGAGAUCCUGGGGCUUGAUACGUCAGUCGUGAGGGAUCCGCGGCGGGGAUCGGGGAUGUUUGUGCCGUUGCGGCAGGCCCUGCAGGAGGGGGUGCUGUGCGAGACGGCCCGUGCCACCGUCGAUCCGCGGUUGUUGUGCUUUACGUUCGACGGCGAUUGCGCGGUGUACGUGCGCGAACCGCUCAGCUUCGACCGGGCGGUGGAGCUGAAUCUGCUGGACCUGUCGACCGGUCGGUUCCGCCACCCGUCGUCACCGUCAUCGACCACCGAAGAGGAGCCGCCAGCCGGAGCGGGAGACGACACGACGACGCUCCGGGACGCGAUCGUGCGCGGGUUGAUCGAUCCGGAGUCGGUCCUGCUGAAGGAUAGUGCGAAGCGCAAACUGCUCCACCUGCCGGAAGCGUUCCGGAAGGGGCUGAUCGAGGCGGAACGGGCGGCCGUGAUCGACACGGCCACGUCCCGCCGGGUGUCGCUGCGGGCUGCGGUCGAAUCGGGCCUGUUGGCCACGCCGCGGCGCGCGUUCGGGUUGCACGAGGCGCUCGACUACCAACUGUACCGGCCGGCCGAGGGUGACUUCCGGGAUCCGUUCCACGGGGGCGCCACGCGUGAGCCACGGGCCCUAGGCGAGGCCAUCGAGUGCGGGCUCGUUGAUCCAACGACGACGGUGGUGCGCGAUAUCGGGCAGGGUAGUGCGAUCGUGCCGCUGCUGGCCGCGCUCGCCAGCGGGCGGGUCGAUUCCGCGCGCGGCCGCUACGUGGUGUCCGACCACGAGGCGAUCGAUCUGGUGAAAGCACGCGAAAUCGGAUAUCUGUUGCUAGCGGAACAACGGCAAGCGGUGAUCGAGAAAUUCGCUCUCUGUGAGGACCACCUGGCCAAGCUCUUGGAAUGGAUCACGCGGGUUGAACAGGACAUUGCCGCCGUCGGUGGACCCAAGGAACGGGUCGAUGAUCUUCGCAAUCAGAUCAACUCGUUGAAGCAAAUUAAGGAGGACAUCGACGCCCAGAGUCGCCCGGUCGCUUCCUGCCUCGAUCAGGUUCGUCAGCUGGUGCUGACCGGGGGCGAUGUUCUGAGUGCACCGGAAGUGGCGGCCCUCGAAACGUCCGGCCGUGAACUACGCUCGCGCGUCGAUAAGGCACAGGACCGCACAGGCAAACUGUUGCGUCGGCUGGGUGCCGCCCGGGACGAACUCGGCAAACUGCGCACCGAACUCGACACGUUCUCCGGAUGGUUGCAAUCGUCGCGCCGCACACUCGAGGAGAAAGAGAGCACCCUGUCCGAUCUGCACAAUCUGCCGUCGCAGUCGGACACGGUGAAGGAGUUCCACAGUGACGUCAUCGCGCACCAGGCGGAUCUGCGGUUUAUCACGAUGUCGGCGCAAAAGUUCGUCGACGAGUGCAAGGACUACCUGGGGGUACUGAAUGACUUCCGGACGACACUGCCCGACCGACUGCCGCACAUCGAACAGGUCUCGAGCUCGGACAGCCCGAUCCGCCAGGAGGUGUCGCUCGUCACGGCCCAGUACCGUGACCUGCUGAACCGGGCCAACGCACUGCUGGACCGGCUGGCAGGGCUCGGCAGUCGCCAGCGCGACUACCAGGAGGCGCUGGACAAGGUGCGCGCCUGGUUGCGCGACGUGCAGCCGCGCGUCGGUGCCGUGCUCUCGGACCCGAUCGCGGCCGAUCCGCAGGCGGUGCAGGAUCAGAUGAACCAAACGAAGGCGCUGCAGAGCGAGUUCCUGUCGCAGGGCCGCCUGAUCGACAACGUGCAGUACAGCUUGGACUCGCUGCUGAAGUCGCUCGCCGGCCGCCUAAGCCCGGCGGAGGUCAGCCUGCUCGAGGUGCCGGUUGAGGAGGUGAAGGACAAGUACACCCAGCUCCUGGAGGCGCUUGGUGAUCGCUCGAAGCUGCUCGACACGGCCCUGGUGCAAUCGCAGGGCGUCCAGGAUGCGCUCGACGGGCUGGCCGUGUGGAUCAACCAGUCGGAGGAGAAGUUCAAGAUGCAAAACCGUCCCGCGUCCCUCAUCAAGGACCGCCUGACGGAGCAGGUGCGCGAGCACCGCGGCUUGCUUAACGAUCUGGAAUCGCACCGAAUGAGCCUGGAGAGUGUGACACUGUCGGCGCAAGAGCUGACCGCUACCCCGUCCAACGCUCGCCUGGCAAAGCGCAUCGAAAGCAAUCUGAGCGACGUUACCGGGCGGUUCGAGAAGCUGCUCGAUAAGGCACUCAAGCGGGGCGAGUUCCUCGAGGAUACGCUCGCGCAGUUGACCAAGUUCAUGAACGAUUCGUCCGCCCUGGAGCAAGAGCUGACGGCACUGAACGAAGCGCUCGAGGGACGCGAGCUUGUGUCGCUGCCGGCCGAGGUCCUGGCGCAGCGUAUGGUGGAGCUGUCCCGGCUGAAGGAGAAGCUUCGCCCAGCGUACGAGAGCACCGUCCGGUUGGGCAAGGAGCUCGUGGCCAAACGGGACGUGACCGAUAGCGGUGUGGUGCGCGAUCGAGUGAAAGCCCUCGAGAACCUGUGGAAGACGAUGGACACGACGCUGGAGGAGAAGCUGAAGCUGUCGAAGCAGAAGGCCGAACAGCUGCACGCGUACGAGGACCUGAAGGAGCAGGUGCUGAGUUGGUUGACCAGCAUCGAAACGCGCACGAACAACCUGGCCCCGGUCGCGGUCGAUGUCGAAGCGAUCAAGUACCAGAUCGAGGAGUUGCGCCCGCUGGUGAAGGAGCACCGCGAGUACGGCGUUACGAUCGACCGGGUAAACGACCUCGGCGCCCAGUACGACGCCCUGAUACGCCCGGACAGCCCAACGCGCAAACGUUCCGUGUACAGCCCGAUCAAGCGCGUCAGCCCGAUGCGACGGUUGUCCGGAGACGCGCGAUCGCCCAGCCCAACCAAGGGUGGGCCGUCGCCCCUCUCGCCUGCGAGCGGAUCGAGUGGGUUCGGUAGCCGGCGGUCGUCGCAAGACGCCUUCCACCUAACCGACCUGACGCCGAUCCAGCAGCAGCUGACGGAGAUCAACAACCGGUACGGUCUGAUCGGCGCCCGGUUGAACGAUCGCCAGAACGAGCUGGACUCGGUGCGCGACGAGGUGCGCAAGCACCAGGACAACCUCCGUACGCUGGCCGCCUUCCUCGACAAGAUCCACCGGCAGGUGCCGCGCGACGUGAUCGGCAACCGGGACGAGGCCGACCGGUGCCACAAGCAAGCCCGCAAAAUCCUCGAAGAAAUGUACGAGCGUCAGAGUCUGCUCGAUUCGACCCGGGCGCAGGUGAAGGACUUGCUGAAGCGCAAGCCGGACGUGCAGGGAGCGGAGAGACUGCGCUCGGAGCUAGAGACCGUCGCCGACCGGUGGAAGAACCUGAACGAUCUGUGCAAGGAUCGCAUCACCUUCUCGGAGCAACUGCGCGACUUCCUCGACACGCACGACAACCUCACCGGCUGGCUGGCGGCCAAGGAGCGCAUGCUGACAGUGCUCGGUCCGAUCUCGUCCGACCCGCGCAUGGUCCAGAGCCAGGUGCAACAGGUGCAGGUCCUGCGCGAAGAGUUCCGCGGCCAACAGCCACAACUGGCGCACCUGCAGGAGGUGGGCAACGCGGUGCUGGAGCAUCUGCGCGAAUCGUCCCCCGAGGGACAGGCCGUAUCGAGCAAGCUGCGCACGGUGCAGAAGAAGUGGGACGAGCUGGUGGCCCGACUGGACGAGCGAGCCCAAAGCCUCGGAGCGGCUGCCGACAGCUCGAAGGAGUUCGACGCCGGCCUCAACCGUCUGCGGGAAGCGCUGCAAACUAUCAGCGACAAUCUGGACGGGCUGCCGACCGAUCGCGAUCAUCAGGAGACGCUGCGAAAGAUUGAGAACCUCGAACGACAGCUCGAGGGUCAGCGUCCGCUGCUGGCGGAUUCGGAAGCGGCGGCGGAAACCCUUUGCCGUGUGCUGAGUGAUCCGGCUUCCCGAGCCGAUGUUAAUGCGCGGGUCGCCGCGGUCGGCAAGCAGUACCAGACGCUCCAGAAGAAGCUCGAUUUGCGUAAAGCCGAAACGGAUGCGGCACUGCGCGACGGACGCCAGUUCGCGGAGACGUGCGCGAAAACGCUCGGCUGGCUGUCGGGUGAGCUGGGCAAUCUGACCGAUCGGUUGCUGGUGUCGGCCCACCGGCCGACACUGCAGCACCAGCUUGACACGCACGAGCCGGUGUACCGGGAGGUGAUGGCCCGCGAACACGAGGUCAUUAUGUUGCUGAACAAGGGCCGCGAGCUACAGGAGAAGCCCGGUCACGUCACCGACCGGGGCGUUCAGCGCGAUCUGGAGAAGAUCUCGCAACAGUGGGACCGGCUUCGGUCGGCCGCCUUCGAUCGGCACUCGCGGCUGCAGACGUGCAUGGAGCACUGCAAGAAGCACGCUGCCGCCUCGGAGACGUUCCUGGCGUGGCUACGCAGCGCCGAAGAUAAACUAGCAACACUGAAGCCGGGACUGCUGAAGAAACAGGCACUCGAUGUGCAGCUGCGCGAACUGCAAACGUUCCGCAGUGACGUGUGGAAGCGCUCCGGAGAGUACGAAACGUGCCGUUCGCUCGGCGAAACCUUCCUCGGGGCGUGCGACGUGGAUAAGGAGACGAUCAAGGCCGAGCUGCAGGACAUGAAGGAUCGCUGGGAGCGGCUCAACAAUGAACUGCUUGCCCGGGCGCAAACUCUGGAAACGUGCGCGAAGCGAUUGGGAGACUUCAACGAGGAGCUGCGCGAUCUCGAUCAUGCCGUCGGCCGGUGUGAGGACCGCCUGGCGGCCCACGAUGCACUCGGCGGGGCGGCCAAGGAUCCGAAGCUACUGGAACGGGUGCGGGCCAUCAAGGACGAUGCGAGCGCGUUGCGGAAACCGCUCCAAUCGGUGCGCAAGCUAGCGGGCGAAAUCGCUGGCGAAGCACGGGCCGCCGGUGGUGACGCUGACCACCUCAAGUCGGAAGUGGAUGGAGUGGCGGAUCGUAUCGAGGACCUGCACGCCCGGCUGGACGAUCGCUGCGGUGAGCUGCAGUCGGCCGCGACGGCCGUUUCUCAGUUCAACGACAAGGUGAAGGCUCUCGGGGUGGAUCUGGGUGAGCUGGAGGGCCAGGUCGACUCGCUGAGCCCGCCGGCGCGCGAGAUCAAGCUCGUCGUGCAGCAGCUCGACGAGGUGGCCGGCAUACUGACCAAGAUUGAUCGCGCGGGCGUACAGGUUGGCGAGGUAGAGCGUGCCGGCGAACAGCUCGUGGACUGUGGCUUUGCACCCGAUACGGCCCAAACGCGUGACCAGAUCGGGGCGCUCCGGAAGCAGCUGGGUCGGUUGGAGAAUCGCGCGCGCGAUCACGACGAUGCCCUGCAGCGAGCGCUCAAGGCGCUGGAGAAGUUCUACGAACUGCAUCAGCUGACGCUGGAGGACCUGUCGGAGGUGAGCGGUGAGCUGAAGAAGAUGAAACCGGUCAGCUCGGAGCUGGAACAGAUCCGCCACCAGCAGGAUGACUUCCGGCGCUUCCGGCAGCGCGUCGUGGAACCGCUCACCGGCAAGAUCGACGAGAUCAAUCGGCUGGGCCAGGAGCUGAUCCGGUCGGCGCAGGGUGGCGUCCCAACGGCGAUCCUCGAGAAGGACCUGGAGAAGAUCAACGAGCGGUGGAACGAGCUGAAGGAGCGCAUGAACGAGCGGGACCGUCGGUUGGACGUGGGGCUGCUGCAGUCUGGCAAGUUCCAGGAAGCGCUCGACGGGCUGUCCAAGUGGCUGAAGGACACGGAGGAGAUGGUCGCCAACCAGAAGCCCCCGAGUGCGGACUACAAGGUGGUGAAGGCGCAGCUGCAGGAGCAAAAGUUCCUCACCAAGAUGCUGAUGGACCGGCAGAACUCGAUGUCGUCGCUGUUCCAGCUUGGCCAGGAGGUAGCCGCCGGGUGCGAUGCGUCCGAGAAGGCCGCCAUCGAGCGGCAGCUGAAGGAGCUGAUGCGUCGGUUCGACGAUCUGACCGAUGCGGCCACCCGGCGCACGCUCGAUCUCGAGCAGGCGAUGCACGUGGCGAAACAGUUCCAGGAUCAGCUCAUCCCGCUCACCAAGUGGCUCGAGGGGGCCGAACGGGCCGUCAAGGCGAUGGAGCUGGUGCCGACGGACGAGGAGAAGAUUCAGGCGCGCAUCCGCGAGCACGAGGCGCUGCACGACGAAAUCCUGUCGAAGAAGCCGGACUUUAGCGAACUGGCGGACAUUGCCGGCCAGCUGAUGGAGCUCGUCGGAGACGACGAGGGUGUGACGCUGAGCGAAAAGGUGAAGCACACCACCGACCGGUACACGGAUCUGGUGGUGGCGAGCGAAAACGUUGGCCACGUGCUGAACGAGUCGCGGCAGGGUCUGCGCCACCUGGUGCUCACGUACCAGGAUCUGGUGUCGUGGAUGGAGAAGACCGAGGGCCGCCUGGCGCGCUUCAAGAUCGUCCCGGUGCACACGGAGAAGCUGCUCGAGCAGAUGGACGUGCUGGUGGUACUGAACGAGGAGAUUGCGAGCCGCUCGCCGAACGUGGAGUCGACGGUCGAGGCCGGCUCGGAGCUGAUGAAGCACAUCUCGUCCGACGAGGCGCUCCAGCUGAAGGACAAGCUGGACUCGCUGCAGCGGCGCUACGGCGAGCUGGCCACCAAGGGCGGCGAUCUGUUGAAGCACGCCCAGGACGCUCUGCCGCUGGUGCAGCAGUUCCACGACAGCCACCACCGGCUGGUGAACUGGAUGCAGGCGGCCGAAUCGUCCCUAGCCACCGGCGGUGAUGCCAACGAAGCGGACAUUGCGCGCCUCGAGACGGAACUGAGCGAAACUCGGCCCCUGCUCGAGCAGGUCAACUCGAUCGGGCCGCAACUGUGCCAGAUCUCGCCCGGCGAAGGGGCCUCCACCAUCGAGGGAAUCGUCACGCGGGACAACCGCCGGUUCGAAGCGAUCGUGGAGCAGAUUCAGCGCAAGGCCGAGCGGCUUCACCUCAGCAAGCAGCGCUCGAACGAGGUGACGGCGGACAUUGACGAGCUGCUGGAGUGGUUCCGCGAUAUGGACGCGACACUGCGCGAUGCCGACCCACCGGCCAUGACACCGAAGCUGGUGCGAGCUCAGCUGCAGGAGCACCGUUCGAUCAACGACGACAUCUCGAGCCAGAAGGGGCGCGUGCGGGACGUAACGGCCGCGGCGAAGAAGGUGCUGCGCGAGUCACAGCCCAGCGACAACACGAUCGCACUGCGCGAGAAGCUGGAGGACCUGAAGGAGGUCGUCGAAACGGUGGCCACGCUCUGCUCGAACCGCCUGUCGGUGCUCGAGCAAGCGCUGCCCCUCUCCGAGCACUUUGCCGACUCGCACUCCGGACUGGCGGCGUGGCUCGCGGACAUGGAGCACCAGAUCUCGAUGCUGUCGAUGCCGGCCCUGCGCCCCGACCAGAUCGCCAUCCAGCAGGACAAGAACGAGCGGUUGACGCAGUCGAUCGCCGAACACAAGCCACUGCUCGAUAAGCUCAACAAAACGGGCGAAGCGCUGAUUGCCCUGGUGGCGGAGGACGACGCGGCCAAGAUUGGGGAACUCCUGGACUCGGACAACGCUCGUUACGCCGCGCUGCGCACGGAACUGCGCAAUCGCCAGAAUGCGCUCGACCAGGCGCUCCAGGAGUCGAGCCAGUUCUCCGACAAGCUCGAGGGAAUGCUGCGGGCCCUGCAGAACACGGUCGACCAGGCGAACCAGGCGGACCCGAUUUCGGCCCACCCGCCCAAGAUCCACGAUCAGAUCGACGAGAACGUGGCGCUGGUGCAAGAUAUCGACAAGCGCGGUGAAGCGUUCGCUGCGGUGCAGCGAGCGGCCAGCGACGUCAUCGCGAAGGCCACCAACCAGUCCGAUCCGGCCGUGCGCGAUAUCAAGAAGAAGCUCGACAAGCUGAACGCCCUGUGGGGCGAUCUGCAGAAGACGACGUCCAAGAGGGGCUCGGCGCUGAAUGAAACCCUCUCGGUGGCGGACAAGUUCUGGAAGGAGAUGCGUGCCGUGAUGGAGACUCUGAAGGAACUGCAGGAUGCGCUGCACACCCAGGAACCGCCGGCGGCGCAACCGCAGGCUAUCCAGAAGCAGCAAGUCGCUCUGCAAGAGAUUCGCCAGGAGAUCGAUCAGACCAAGCCGGAGGUGGAGCAGGUACGGCGCACCGGCAGCAAUCUGAUGUCGCUGUGCGGCGAACCGGACAAGCCGGAGGUGAAGAAGCACAUCGAGGACCUGGACCACGCGUGGGACAACAUCACGGCGCUGUACGCGAAGCGCGAAGAGAACCUGAUCGACGCGAUGGAGAAGGCGAUGGAGUUCCACGAGACGCUCCAGAGUUUGCUUCACUUCCUGGCCCGGGCCGAGGAUCGCUUCCAGAAGCUCGGUCCGCUCGGGUCGGACAUCGAGGCGGUCAAGAAGCAGAUCGAGCAGCUGAAGCACUUCAAGGACGACGUCGAUCCGCACAUGGUCGAGGUGGAAGCAUUGAACCGGCAAGCGGUGGAGCUGACGGAGCGUACGUCGGCCGAGCAGGCCAGUGCAAUUCGUGAACCACUGAACGCCGUCAACCGGCGGUGGGAGAACCUGCUGCGUGGUAUGGUCGAGCGCCAGAAGCAGCUGGAACACGCGCUGCUACAUCUCGGCCAGUUCCAGCACGCGCUCAACGAGCUGCUCGUGUGGAUCGUCAAGACGGACGCGAACCUGGACGAACUGAAACCGAUCCCGGGUGAUCCGCAGCUGCUCGAGGUGGAGCUGGCCAAGCUGAAGGUGCUGGCCAACGAUAUCCACGCGCACCAGAGCUCCGUUGACACGCUAAACGAUGCCGGUCGCAAGCUGAUCGAAAACGAUCGCGGUUCGCUUGAGGCAUCGACGACGCAGGACAAGCUGCAGCAGCUUAACAAGAAGUGGCGCGAUCUGCUCCAGAAGGCGGCCGACCGCCAGCACGAGCUGGAGGAGGCACUCCGCGAAGCGCAGGGCUUCACGGCCGAGAUCCAGGACCUGCUCGGUUGGCUGGGCGAUGUCGAUGCCGUCAUCGGUGCCAGCAAACCGGUCGGUGGAUUGCCAGAAACGGCUUCCGAGCAGUUGGAACGCUUCAUGGAGGUAUACAACGAGCUGGAGGAGAACCGGGCCAAGGUGGAGACGCUCGUCGCCCAGGGUCAGGAGUACGUGCGGAAGCAAACACAACUCCAAGUGUCCGCCAGCAACCUCCAGCACACGCUGCGCACCCUGAAACAACGCUGGGAUGCGGUGGUAUCGCGCGCCUCCGACAAGAAGAUCAAGCUGGAGAUCGCGCUCAAGGAGGCCACCGAGUUCCACGAUGCGCUGCAAGCGUUCGUCGAGUGGCUGACGCAGGCCGAGAAGCAACUGUCAAGUGCCGCGGCCGUGUCGCGCGUCCUCGAAAUCAUCCAGCAGCAGAUGGAGGAGCACAAGGUGCUGCAGAAGGACGUGUCGAUUCACCGCGAGUCGAUGUUGCUGCUCGAUAAGAAGGGCACCCACCUGAAGUACUUCAGCCAGAAGCAGGACGUAAUACUGAUCAAGAACCUGCUCGUCUCGGUGCAACACCGCUGGGAGCGCGUGGUGGCCAAGGCUGCCGAGCGAACGCGUGCCCUCGACCACGGGUACAAGGAGGCGCGCGAGUUCCACGACGCUUGGGUGCAGCUGACGACGUGGCUGAAGGAAACGGAGCGCACGCUGGACACGCUGGCCGAGGAAUCGAGUAACGAUGCGGUCAAGAUCAAGAAGCACCUCGAGAAGCUGCGCGAAAUCCAGCGCAACCUGCAGUCGAAGGAGAGCUUCUACGACAGCACGAUGCGCUCGGGCAAGGGGCUGAUGGAUCGUGCCCCGAAAUCCGAUGAACCCGUGCUCGCGAAGAUGAUGGGCGAGCUGAAGGACGCGUGGAAGCGUGUCUGCCACAAGAGCGUCGAGCGGCAACGGAAGUUCGAGGAAGCACUACUGCUGUCGGGCCAGUUCGCCGAUGCGCUGCAGGCGCUGCUCGAUUGGCUGCGCAAGACGAAGGCCAGGCUGGCCGAAGACGGACCGGUGCACGGUGAUCUGGACACGGUCACGACGCUCGUCGAACACCACCGCCAGCUGGAGUCGGACCUGGACAAGCGGUCCGCGCAGAUGCAGAGCGUCAUGAAGACGGGCCAGGAACUGGAACGGUCGGACGAGACGCGCGAAACCAGUCGCAACCUCAAGGAAAUGCAGAAGCUUUGGGACGACGUACAGGACCUGAGCGGUCGCCGGAAGAGCCGCCUCGAUGUGGCCCUGAAGGAAGCGGAACGGCUGCACAAAUCCGUCCACAUGCUACUAGAAUGGCUGUCGGAGGCCGAGCAGAAGCUUCGGUUCGCCGCCGCCGCACCGGACGAUGAGGCACAGGCCAAGGAUCUGCUCGACAUUCACGCCAAGUUCAUGAAGGAGCUGCGCGAGAAGGAGUACGACAAGGAGGACACGAUCGGGCUGGCCAACAGUAUUCUCGGCAAAGCACAUCCCGAUGCGAUCCCCAUCAUCAAGAACUGGAUCUCAAUCAUCCAAUCGCGCUGGGACGAAAUUUCCCAGUGGGCCUUUAGCCGCCAGUCGAAGCUCGAGCAGCACCUCAAGGACCUGCAGGAUCUGGACGAAUCGAUAGAGGAGCUGUUGGCCUGGUUGGCCGGACUGGAAGCAACGUUGCUGAAUCUCGAAACGGAGUCGCUACCGGAUGAGAUUCCCCCGCUGGAGGUGCUCAUUGCGGACCACAAAGAGUUCAUGGAGAACACGGCUCGCCGGCAGGGCGAAGUGGACCGGGCCUGCAAACCCCGACAGCCACCGCCGGGACUGAAGGAAACUCGCAAACCGUCCCGCGGUGUGCUCAAGACGCCAGUUCGAGGAUCACAGGCCGAUCUACGGGAUACCGACUCGCCCGACCACGGCACUCUCGGACGGAAGCAGAGCUUCAAGGGAUCACGCGAUCAAGGUCUGAAUUCGCGUCGUACAAGCCGCGUGAGUCCUGGACGCGAAACGCAAACACCGGAACGGGAUCGGUUGCCACAUUACGGUCCACGGUUUUCGCCAAGCAACCAAGCGGAUACGGAACUACGGUCGCCACGGGCCAAGCUGCUGUGGGAGAAAUGGCGCUACGUGUGGAUGCUGGCCUGGGAACGGCAGCGCCGUCUGCACGAUCACAUGCUCUACCUGCAGGAUGUGGAGCGCGUCCGGCAGUUCAGCUGGGAGGAAUGGCGAAAGCGAUUCCUCAAGUUCAUGAACCACAAGAAGUCCCGUCUGACCGACCUGUUCCGCAAGAUGGACAAAGACAACAAUGGUCUCAUACCUCGCGACGUGUUCAUCGAUGGAAUCAUUGGCACAAAGUUCGAUACUUCCAAGCUGGAAAUGGGUGCCGUGGCCGAUCUGUUCGAUCGCAACGGCGAAGGGCUGAUCGAUUGGCAAGAGUUUAUCGCCGCCCUGCGACCUGACUGGCAGGACCGUAAGCCGAAAACCGAAGCGGACAAGAUCCACGACGAGGUGAAGCGUUUGGUUAUGCUCUGCACCUGUCGGCAGAAGUUCCGUGUGUUCCAGGUCGGCGAAGGAAAGUAUCGGUUUGGCGACUCUCAGAAGCUGCGCUUGGUGCGUAUUUUGAGAAGCACCGUCAUGGUGCGCGUCGGAGGUGGUUGGGUGGCUCUUGACGAGUUCUUAGUCAAGAACGAUCCUUGUCGAGCCAAGGGACGCACAAACAUCGAGCUACGUGAGCAGUUCAUACUGGCCGACGGUGUGUCGCAGUCGAUGGCCGCCUUUAAGCCGCGUAUGUCUGGCUCGGCCGGCUCCGGAUCAAAUCAAACCAGCUCGCCGAUACCAACACAAGGUCCUAUUGUGAAGAUUUUUGUUGCGUAA